AUCUUGAUGUGAGCAUAACCAAAACACACGCAGUAUACCAAAACCAUCAAACUUAUCCCUAUGACAGACACAACGAACAAAACUGUCGCCACGUGGCGUAACAUCCCUAAUUUAACCACCAUCUCCGACGACGCCGUUUCACCCAACCACCUUUUCAACAACUCCACCUUCACUUUCACCGACGCAACCACCACCAUUCCUUCCAAAUUCGCCACCGUCUCCGCCUCCCAAACCAAACCGAACAACGAAUUCGCGCCUACGCCGGCUCAGCUUCUUAACCACCCGAUCGCCGUCGUCGCACUUGUUCCCAAAGAUGCUGCAUUGUUUCUCGCCGGUGCUGUUGCCGGAGCUGCUGCUAAAACCGUUACUGCUCCACUCGAUCGAAUCAAGCUUCUCAUGCAGACUCAUGGAGUGCGAAUUAGACAAGAAAGUGCCAAGAAGACAAUUGGUUUUAUUGAGGCCAUAUCAAUGAUAGGGAAGGAAGAAGGCAUUAGAGGUUACUGGAAGGGUAACCUACCACAGGUGAUUAGGGUUAUACCUUAUAGUGCUGUUCAGCUCUUUGCUUAUGAAAUUUAUAAGAAAAUAUUCAAGGGAAAAAAUGAUGAGCUCUCUGUUGUGGGAAGACUUGCAGCAGGUGCUUUUGCAGGCAUGACAUCAACUUUUGUAACUUACCCUUUAGAUGUCCUGAGAUUACGAUUAGCUGUUGAACCUGGGUGUCGAACAAUGACAGAGGUCGCCUUGAGCAUGGUAAGAGAGGAAGGUUUUGCUUCUUUCUACUACGGCCUUGGUCCUUCUCUUAUCGGAAUAGCUCCAUAUAUUGCAGUUAACUUUUGUGUUUUUGACUUACUAAAGAAGUCGUUGCCAGAGAAAUAUCAAAAGAGAACUGAAACAUCUCUAGUCACCGCCGUGCUUUCAGCAUCUCUUGCCACACUUACAUGCUAUCCUCUGGACACAGUUCGAAGACAGAUGCAAUUGAAUGGUACACCUUAUAAGACAGUAUUAGAUGCCAUUUCAGGUAUUGUGGCACAAGAUGGAGUUAUUGGCUUGUACCGAGGAUUUGUGCCCAAUGCUUUAAAAAACCUACCAAACAGCAGCAUCAGGCUUACAACAUAUGACAUUGUCAAACGCCUGAUUGCUGCUAGUGAGAAGGAGUUUCAAACAAUUGCAGAGGAAAACCGCAACAAACUAACAAAAUGCCCAUAAUCAAUGAUGGUUAACUUAGGAUUCAUAUUAAUUAUUUUAGCAAUAAAAUUAUCCAUUAAUGAACUUGUGGGAAUUGCUUUAGCCAAUUUGCUAGCAGUGAGAUAUCUCAGAAGGGGACUAUAAAUUUUGUAGGACACAAGUUUGUUCUAGGUGCACUAUAAUGCUCGAAUCUUUAUCCUGAAUGUAUUUUAGCUGUAAUUUACUUAUUAGAUAAAUGUAAUGCAAAUUUACUAAAUGAUUUGUGUCAA